AUGUCCGUGGAAGACAUUGAAGACUUGCGACUGCGGUUUGUAUUCAACUACAUCCAGCUGAUCACCGAUGUCAAAUACGAUAAGAUUAAAAAAUUUUUGGACGACACAAAACAGGCAGAGAAAUUGUUGGAAUUCUUCGAACAACAGGAAUUGUCCCAUUUGUUUGUUGUCCUUACACCUACCGGGGUGUUUGAAGUGUACACAAAGUUUCCACAAGUAUUCAAGUAUAAGGUGUUCUACUUUAUCAAGAAAGAACGUGGAGUGAUUGAGAAAAAUAAUGAAUGGAAUGUUAUCAAUACCAUGCUGUCCUAUGGUGACUUGAAUAAAUCACCACUGCAUCACUUUAUUGCAUUUGUAAAUACGGUACUUUCUCCUAUCAUUCUGAACGAGCGCAAUCGAGAGGAUUGGCCAGAGUCGUUGAGUGAAUACAUCAAAAGGGAUUUAUACAACCUGCAGAAAAAGUCUGCCACAGUCCUGGCGCGGAUCGAGGGCAAGACGCAUCUGGCCCAUCCAAUUGGAAUUGAAAAAAUCGAGGAUCAGGAGCCAAUAUCAUGCCAUGGGGAUGAUGUGAUAGGCAGUCUCAUGUAUGCCAUAGAGACAGCCGUGGUAGACUGGAGUGCACAGAUCAACGAUAUCCUGAAGCAGCAGUCCGGACAAGCAAUAGCCAAUGGUGAAUUUCCCCUACCGACCUAUGAGUAUGAAUUUUGGGAGCAGAGGAUGAACUGUAUGCACGACAUCUACGAACAGUUAAUUCAUCCGAAGGUGAAAAAAAUGGCUAUCAUUUUGGAGGUAAACAAAAGCGCGUAUGCGAAUCCGUUUAAAGAAAUGUUCAAACGUGUGGUACGAGGUAGGUAUUGUACCGUGUUAUAUAAUAAUAUGACUUGUAUAAAUAAAUGUCUACAUAUCACUUUUGAACUCCCCCCUCCCUAA